GCGUUAGAUUUCCAAGCUUAGUAAUAUUGAUCAGUAAUCACAACCAGAAUUAUGGCAAACAAGAAGAAGAACAAGAAGAUCAUGAAGAUGAAUCCCAAGUCAGCACCAUCAACUACAGAAUCCAUUUCUGACUCACUACCAUCAACUGCAGAAUCCAUUUCUGACUCACUACCAUCAACCGUGAACCACAUUUACAACAUACCAGCAUUACAACAAUCCAGGGUGAACCCCGUUUCCGACUCACCUCCAUCACCUCUAUCACCGCGAACACCACUGCCACCUGAUUUCUUCAAGAAUACCGUCAUCGUCAGGAGUAAUGACAUGAGCUAUAAAAUGAGAUAUGAGACUUUUGAUAUCACAGACAAUGCGUUUAAGAAACACUUUUUGAAGGACAGAGAUAUUGCUCAGGAGAUAAAGACAGAGUUUGAUAAAAGACAUGGCCUCAAUUGGCAUUGCGUCGUUGGUACUAGCUAUGUCUCAUAUAUAACUUACAAGAAAAAACAACACAUUUAUUUCUAUAUGAGUGGAAAAGCAGUUUUACUUUUUAAACAUGGAUAGCCAGUCCUAUGAAGUUUAACGGUGCAAAAGUUGAGAGAAGAAUGAAACUUGUCUUGUGAUUAUGCUAAGCUGGUAUAUAGUGUGCAUUGGAGGUCACAUUUUCAAUUUACAGUCUUCUGGUGCGGGCUAUGGAUUUUGGAGUGUCCCUGGUGUAUGAAUAUACUGAUAUUAUGUAUGCUUUUACUGGUUGAACCUUGUUUCGUUUAUAUUUUCCUGCAUAAUUCUAGCAUAGCUUUUGUUUCGUUUAUAUAGUGUUAGGGAUGAGUUCUUGAGUUUUA